AUGCGCCCCAAAGACGGCAAUGAGGAUGAUAAUUCAACAACCUCGAAGCCUGAAUCUGAUGAGGCGACGCCAACUCCAGCUGACGAUGAUCAAAGCCAAGAGACAGAGUCAGCGGCCUCGUCGGAGACAUCCGUAACCAUGACGGACUCUGGCAUAACUCAUACGAUCCCAAACAACUCGAUAGUCACAAUCACCAGGCACACAACCAUCACUACGGGCAGACCACCAACGACCUCCUCACGCUCCACCAACACCGCACCAGCGACAAGCGGCACGCCAAUCUCAGUAUCAAGCACAGUGUCGUUGUCGGGAGUACUACCAUCCUCACCCACUGCUAACAACGCCACAGCAACCCCAUCUGGGGCCCCAGGGGCAGGGUCUCUGUCGGCAAGAGCCAUCGCUGGGAUAGCUGUUGGCGGUGCCACUCUCAUAGCCAUCGCCGUGGUCCUGAUACUCGUGCUAGUACGCCGCAAGAAGCGUCGCGAAUUCGAGACCAACUCCAUUUUCCCACAGGAUAACAAUCGGGAUGAAGUCGUCGAGGAAAAGCACUUCCCCAAUACCGUAUCAACUCACACCACGGGCACCCAAGGAAGCAGUGAUCCCUUUGCCGCCUUUGGAGGUCGAGCAGAUCAACCCGAAGAUCCAUACCGACCAGCUAGCGGUGCGUUUGAGAUGGACGGGACCAGUGCCGCCCCAGUAGAAUUGCCUGCCAUGAGCGCCUCGAGUCCAGGCGCGACUGCUCCCAAGGCAUCUCGCCUUGAGCCCGUUCAGGAGGUCACCCCUACGGACCCUCAUGCUAACCUUACAUCGGUACCGGCAGAUGAUGGCAAGCCGUUGUAUGUCAACCACUGGAAUCAGUACAAGAACAUGGGAUAA